AUGCCGCCGAAACGCAAGGCCCUCAAAUCUGCCAACCCCAACAUCAACGAAUGCAGCAAUGGGAAGAAGGCCAAGCCCGCCGCCGCCCAGGAGGCACCCCUUGAGCCUCAGCUGCAGGAUAUCCUGCUGCAGUCAACUAUCAAGCACAGACAACAGCGCUGGGCAGAAAUGUCGGGCUCUAAAAACUUAGACAUAAAUUACCAAAUUGCCACGCAGAAUCCCCGUCACUCGUACGAGUUCAUCUGCAUUUGCAACCCACUUCAAGGCCGCGACGGCGCAUAUAACGAAGAGAACGAAGCAGAGGACGAUUGCGACGCGAGCGAUGAAACGAGGAGCCCAACACGCAAGCUUGUGAUAAGGGCAAGACAUGUCCAUGCGGCAAACCGGCCGCCUUACUCCCCUCCCACCCAUAUACCAUGA